AUGAUCCAGCAACAACUUGGGCAGCUAGUAUGCGGUGGGUUCUUAGGCACUACGGCCACGCCACAGGCGUACGAGCUUAUAGUCAAGCAUCGCGUGCUGACGAUGAUUCUAUCGCGGCGGAAUGCAGAGCUGGCCGAGCAAAUGGCACACCUUAUCCGCGAUCUUCAACGCAUUGCGCUCGAGCAUGCCCACUACAAGUAUCCGCUCCUUAUAGCUAUCGAUGAAGAGGGCGGCAUGCUCAACACACUCUUUGAUUCUCGCGAUCUAACUCAGUUCCCAGGCGCCAUGGCUUUGGCCGCAACGGGCGACACAGAGCUAGUGUAUGAAGUUGCCCGUGCCACAGCACGAGAACUCCGCCACAUUGGCUUUUCUGUGAUAUUGGGACCUGUGCUUGACGUGGUAACAAAAAUGUCGGCACAACUUGUGCUGGUACGCUCCUUUGGGUCGAGCGUUGAGGAUGUAGCACGCUACGGCAGGGCUUGUGCACGGGGGCUCCGAGAUGGUGGUCUUAUCACCGUAGGAAAACACUUUCCCGGCAUCGGAAAUGCGACAGUUGAUUCAUUACUUGAGGUCCCGAUUAUGGCUGAGUCCUUAGACCAGCUUCGAGGACUGAAUGUUGUGCCUUUUGCCGAGCUUAUUCAAGAGGGGCUCUUGGACGGGAUAUCUGCAGCAGGUUGCGGUGUGCCCGCAAUCGCCCCGGACGAGGUGCACGCUUGUUUGCUGCCUGUAUUGCUCACGCAGCUUCUACGCGAAGAGCUACACUUUGACGGGUUUGUCAUAAGCGAAUGUCUUGAAAUGGAUGCACUUUACCAUCUGAUUGGUCUCGGUCAGGGAGCAGUGUUGGCGGUGUGCGCUGGGUGUGACUUAGUUAUGUGUUGUCAUGAUUUUGAGCGGCAGGUGGAAGCGAUCGACUCGCUAGCAAAAGCAUUGGCCAAUGGAAUGCUUGAUGAACGAAUCAUUGCAGCGUCCAUGCAGCGGAUAGAAACCGUACAGCGCCGUGUGGCACUGUGGGCAGAGAUUUUUAGUGCGACAGGGCCCUUUCGUGAGGCGCAGCCCGACUGGUGGCGCUCUCAUCAACAGCUUUCUCGUCGCGCUUACCGCCUGUCCAUUACUCUAGUGCGCGACUACGAAGAUACGCUCCCGCUCACAAAGUGGGCGCGUUAUUCAGAAGAUGAGAAUGUGGGUGAGCAGGAAACAGAGAGAAAAGAAAAUGGAAAGAAGGAGAUCGACAAAAGCAGUACCACUAACAAUGAAAGAAAUGUUCCCGAGUCGAUUCUCGUGCUUACGCCACUUUUGAACCCUGUAUAUCCCAGGACAGCUGUCCGUGCGAACGGUCUUCAUACUGGCGAAGAAGUUUUCCAGCGGUUUGGCGAGGCUUUGGCGCGUCACCCAGCAAACAAAUUCAAUGUUUUACACACAACUUACACAGCCAACGGACUCACAGCACUUCACGAACAACUCAUUGCAAAUGCAAAGGCUGUGGUCGUGGUGACAUCUGAGGCCCGCAGGAACAUGUAUCAGGUUGGCAUCGUCAAAUAUGUGUCUGUGCUCUGCGGAGCCCCGCCCCAUUUUCCUCGCCUGCGAGCGCGCGCUCCGUUGGCCAAGCCGUUGGUGCUCGUCGCGACCCUGAGCCCAUACGAUUUCUUUUACCACCGGAGCAUUGGUUCCGCCUACUUAUGCUGCUAUGACUACACACAGAAUGCCCUUGACGAAGUGGCAAGGGUACUCAUGGGAGAUUAUGUACCCCAAGGCUGUGUACCUGGCGAGAAGAAGUACAACCAUUCGCGGCGGAGGAGACUACUGGUGUCGGCACCGGCAGGCGGCGCGCCAAAACUUCGGCGCGUUGUUGCGCCAACACGUCGGUGGUUGGUGGACGAGUUUGAUGCCACGCGUGAUUGGCGCGCGCUUCUCGCAUUAUUCAAGGCUAACAAGGGCGCCGAAUACCUGGAGGCAUAUGUGCGCCGACUCUUAAUGCUCUUGCACGCGCAUGCGGCUACACAGCGCCACUUUGUUGUGCGCAAUGCCUCACUCAACGUAAUCUACGGCAUUGUGUUCACGUGGAUAGAUGACGUACCUCCUCCGGACCGUCUGGGUAAAAUACUUUAUCUUUUGGUGGAUCGCGCUAAGCGACUUCAGCUGGUUGGGCGCAACUUGCAUGCGCGUGCAGUGCGUUACCUUUGCAAAGAAAAGGGCUGCAGCGCGGUACAGUUGGGCAGCUCUUUUCCCUUAAUUGGGUUUCAGGAUGAAGCGCACAUGACCGCUGACCCGGCAGUGAUAUCUUUUCUCAAUAUCACAGGGUGGGACUUGGGCGAUCCAUGCGCGCUGCCACAGCUCCAUGCCAUGGUGAUGACGGGUCUUGCAGAUUGGUCAGUCCCGCACAAGAUAUUCCGCGAGUUGACCAUUGUUGGCGUGCGAUUCGAUAUCUGCGUACAUCUGGAGAAGCUUGAAGGUCUUCUCUCGCGCGCGAGCGAAGGUGCUGCAGGCCAGCCGUCUCCGCUCCGACAUGUGCGCUAUUUGUACAAGCAAGCCAUGGCACGUAUGUCUAGCUCGGUGCUGCACGAGGCAAAAGUUAUUAUUGCAUUGGAACCAGCCAACCAGAGUGUGAUCGGAAGUAUUGUAUUAUUUACCAGCAAGUGUCUGAUGGCACUCUUCUACCCUUUCAUCGACCCAGACAAGGAAGGACUGCUUGUGGGCGGCAUCGUGAGUCCUGUGAUUGAUCCAUCCUACUCAAACCUUACAGAGAUAUUGCGCUUUGGUCUCAUCUGCUCAGCAGUAACGUACUUGCGUUCAAAUUUCUGUGACAACCCGAAGCUGCACAUGGACAAGUGUUUUAUGAUGGACGUGGCAGACGACAAAUCGUUUGAGGGGGUCAAGGACAUUGGCUUUGAGCUGUGGAAGGAAUACCGCGAGUUCUACGACCAUCUGAAUGGUGCAACCCUCAUGUGCGAAGACCAAUAA